CUCUUGUCGUUCGUGGCCUUCAUCCUGGAGGAGGUGGUGAGCAGCUGCAUCAGCUGCACCGCCCUCUACUUCUUUGAGUUCGUCAGCUGCACGGCCUUCCUCUUCACCCUGCUGCUGCUCGUCCUCCUCUCCACCACCCUGCACACCAGGGUCGGCAUCACCUGCUGGCCCAGUCUGGACUUCUACUACACCGCUGCCAUCACCCUCCUCUUCUUCAUCUCCUCCAUCGUUUUUGCUGCAAACAACAACGGCACUGACCUGGAGAAAACUGCUGUGGCGUUUGGUUUCCUGGCGAUGGCGGCCUUUGUCGUGGACCUGGUCUUGGCCUUUCGGAGCCGUGGGUUUCCCUGGCAGACUGGUGGGAAGCCGGUGUCCAGUAACGGCGGGCCCGUGGCGACGGAGACUCCGGCAGAGACAGAAAAACUCAACACGGAGACCAACGCCACACAAUAAGUCUGUUUUAACAUCUGUGCGCCGUGACGUCGCUCAGAGGUCAGAUUAUUUUACGCACUAUUCCUUUAACGUGACGUCAGGAGGCGGAGCUUCAGCGACAGGUGGCGCGACCUGGUGUCUGUUUUUUAAAGUCUUUUAAAAUCUUUUUAGUCGUUGUUCACCGCUGCUGAGGACACUCUGCUGCAGAUAUCAAUACGAUCGAUCCUCCAAUAAUUAAUCAAUCACAGUGCAGAGCGUCUGUCAGCGUGUGACGUUUAAUGUACAAAUACUGAGACAGAAACAUCCAGAUGUUUUUUAAAGGAAGAACAGAGACACUAAAACCAUCAAACCACUAAAUAUUCUGCUGUAAAGUUUCUUCUUUAAGGUUUAAACAUGACAAUGAAUUUGAGCUGGAUUAGUCCUUUAUUCUCUUUGUGCUUUAUCUCUUUCUAUGAAGUUAAUUAACAAACAAUCAAAUACUGUGUCAUAAACUCAUAAUGAUCGACUGUAAAUUAAAACAACUGAUGAUUUUCGUGGUGUAACAGUUGGUAAAGGUCAGUGGUUCACAAAUCAGCUUUAAUACAGAGGAAACGUCGUCUGGUUGUGUCCCUGAAUGCCUCAUGAUGACUCAGAUUUAGACCCAGAACCCUUUUUAAAAAUCUGUCAGCGUCCGAGACAAAAACAGUUUUAAAAGGAUUUAAAAGUCUAAUUUAAAAACUGGACACUGUGACAGCGUCGGAAAGCAGCAGGGAGUCGUGAUGUGUUUAGAUGUGAUGAUGUUUGUCGCUGUGUCCAGAGGAUUUCAGUCUUUUACUGCAGGUGUGAUGAUUUAAAGUGUCCAGCAGGGGGAGCUGUUGGACCUGAUGAAAGUUGUUUUCUGAAAAAAAUAAUUCAGCAGGAAGUGACUUUAAGUCUCACUCCUGGAGGUUUUGUGAGAAGGGUUUGUUAGAAUUAUCAAUUGGUGAUCAGUGAUUAAUCACCAAUAGAAUGACUAAACAGUUUUCUCCUGUAACCAUGAGCUCAGUCCCUCGGUGUCCCCCCCCCCCCGACCUCUGACCUCCCUGUGGACCAAUCACUUUAAAGGAAAAAUCCACUUAAAACACGUAAUGUUCUUCCUCCUGUGGACGCCUGGCUGUGAGGCGACGUCCUGUCCACAGAUGUUCAGCAGCUUCGUUCCUUUAAUCUGUUUCAUCCAUGUGUCUGAAGCAGCUUUAUAUAAUACAUACGGUGUGUUUCUAAAAGCCUCAGUGUGUGUGUGUGUUUUUAAAUAAUGUUUUAUAUUCUUAAACUUUUUAACUUUUAGUUUUUCGGUCGUCGCUCUCAGUCUGCUUUCUGUUUCACUGAUUUUAACACUCGUCUUUAUCACGAGUGUUUUUUCAAUUGAAUGUUUUAUGAAGGAAAUGAUGCGGUUUUGUCAAAUAGAAUCUGAACAUGAAUGAUCAUAUAAGGAAACCACGUUUUCUUUAUUUCAGUCUGGCAUUAAUUUGAAUUUUUACUGUAUUUGCUCUCAAUAAUGUCAAAGAAUUUUUCAUCCAAGCUUGUUGAUUUUUCAGGUAAUUUUUGACUUGAUUUUUAAUUUUUGAUUUUAACUUGAAUGAAGGAAGAAAUAUAAAAUGAGUUUAAUCUGAAUUAUCCAGGACGAGUGAGAAACGGAGACUUUUUUAUCAAAACACAAUCAUCACGUCUGGGUGAAAUAUUUCUUUAAUAUUGUGGACGUAUAGUUUCCAGCCGACCACUUUGAGUUAAACUCUGACCUUACCCUGUAGUCACAGUAAUACUUCAAAAAAGAAGAUUAUUUUGUUCAUAUUUGAACUUUUAUGCCCAGAAAAUGAAGCGGACUGCAGCACACGUCAUCUGUUCUCCAUGUUUCAUGUGUCAAAAUGAAAAAGUGUGUUUUUCUCUCUGUUCCUUUAAGUGGUCACAUAUUUCUUUCCUCUGUUUUUUCAUUUUGCUCAAAAACCUAAUUCAAAAAAUGACGAAAUAACGAAUGCUGACGAUGCUGAUUCUGUAUGAAAUGAAAUCAAACAGCAGACAUGAAUUAACUCAAAUACAACCAAGCGAAAGCAAUGAGACUUUCACUGUGUAACAUGAGUUGAGUCACAAACCGAUGAUGACAGACAAGAAGUCUGAGCUUUGUCUGUCAUAUAUUCACAUUUUACAUUUCUAACAGUAGAAACAACUUAAUGACGGCUGCACAAUGUUUAAUAGAUCAUUGAAUACAUUGGAUCACUGAGUGAAAACUGAGGGAAUCUUUUAAAAAGCCAUGUAUUUCCUUAUUCACGUCAAUCAGACAAUCCAGAAAUCAGUUUUUAUAUCAACAUGAUUCAUGUUCAGGACCAAGUUAAGUUUAUUUUGGAAAAAACUUUUGUAAUAUAUAAAUAUAUAUCCACCAUACUCCUCUGUUCUGUGCCUGUAAAUGCAUUUUCAUCCAUAUCCAACACCACAGACUGUAUGAAGAUGAAUAUCUCACUUUGUCUUUCACGUCUAUGAUCAGUGCAUACUGUACCCUGUCAUGUAAUAAACACAUUUUCAGUAAA